CUCGAAGUGGUUGCGCUGAGGCUGAGUGCAUCGAAUGUUCCGCUCAAUAAUGAUCAGUGCUAAGCGUUAUAAUUGUGUGCUGGUAACACUUACAAGCGGAGUUCCAGAAAGUUUCGUCCAAGGAAGCAUAGUGAACCGCCCACCGCGACCUCUUUAACUCUCGUCCCUUUGCAAUCCCUUUGGAUUGUGUAUUUUACCAACAUGCCCGCCCUCCUUCCAUACAAUGAACGUACCAUUACAUCAUUAUCCUGUUCUUAAACGUGCCAUUAAACACAGGAAAAACGCCACCUGCCUCUACAUCAGAAUUGGAACUUUCCAAUCAGGGAGCUCGCGGGUGGGUGUGGUGCGGUGGGUGCUCCAGACAUACCCACACGAGGAGGCUUUGUGGCUCACUCCAACCGGUACAGAGACACAGGACAGACGUCAGGGAGCACAUCUUGCCUCAGUCUUGACAGAAUGACUUCAUCAAUCAGUUACUUUUCCCCCGGACCAGCGAAACUGCCGCACGAGGUCCUGGUGAAGCUCCAAGAUGAGCUGGUGCAGUACAAGUCGACGCAAGUGAGCGUCAUGGAGCUGUCGCAUCGCUCGAAGGACUUCGCGGAGAUCAUUGAGGGCGCGGAGAGCAGCGUGCGAGAGCUCAUGAACGUCCCAUCCAACUACAAGGUUCUGUUCCUACAAGGCGGAGGAACAGGUCAGUUCGCGGCCGUCCCUCUCAACCUGAUGUCGAGGACGGGCAAGGCGGAUUACAUCGUCACAGGUACGUGGUCCAGCAAGGCGGCCAAGGAAGCCAGCAAGUACGGCUCCGUCAACCUCGUGUUUCCGAAGCUGGAGAAGUACACGAGCAUCCCGGACGAGGCGAGCUGGAAACUGGACCCAGAGGCGGCCUAUGUUUACUAUUGUGCUAACGAGACUGUAGAAGGCGUCGAGUUCCAGCAGAUGCCCCAAGUCCCUGAAGGAGUCCCUCUGGUGUGUGAUAUGUCCUCUAACUUCUUCUCAAGACCCGUUGAUGUGUCUAAGACCCGGAUGCCGAGAAGGGAAGAGAUAUCCUCCCACACUCCCCCCCCCCCCCCCAUUUCUCUAAUUCAUCCUUCCUCCCGUCGCCUCAGGAUCCACGUGGUGGGCGAGGUCCUGGCGUGGGUGAAGAGGGAAGGCGGGCUCGAGGAGAUGCAGAAACGCUCGCUGGAGAAGAGUAAGCUACUGUAUUCCGUUAUCGACGAGAGCAACGGGUUUUAUAACAACCCUGUGGACACGCCCGCGAGGUCCCGGAUGAACGUCGUCUUCCGUGUUGGCGAAGGCGGGAAUGACGACCUCGAGGCGAAAUUCAUCUCUCAGGCUGCCUCCCAGGGACUUCUUUCUCUCAAGGGACACAGGUCGGUUGGUGGCGUCCGCGCUUCGAUUUACAAUGCUAUUACCAUCGAUGACGUCAGACGCUUGGCCGAAUUCAUGAAGACAUUUCUCAAAGAAAACAAAGUGUGAGACGCAACCCUAAUCAAAAGAAAUCACGAUCUGUUCAGAUUUUAUUAAGAUUUAGUUAUUGAUUGAUUAGAUAAUAUUCGGUAUAAGAUUUUUAAUAACGUGACCUGUGAUGCCAUGCUUCGACAGCAUAAAGGGACCACAUAACAUGCUAUCCACAGUCUUCAUUUCUUCAUAAAUAUACAUCGAUGCAUAUUUAUUGUAUUCAGCGACAUGUAUCAUCAGUGUAAGUCGAGUGCAAAAAAAGGUUGAACAUUUAUCAACUGUUUAGGAGUUUCUUGUCUAGAAGUACACUUUUUUCCAGUGUUUAUAUGUUGUGGAAAAUGUAUAUUCCCGAGGAUAUCAGUGGUGACUUAGCUGAUAUUUGCCUUUAAAAGUUGAACUAGCCACUUCGAGACAUUGUUGAUAAACGUCAACCAGAGACUAAAUACAUUUCAGUGCAGUCACAUAUUCCCACGAAAUUCAUAUUCAGUAUACGGCAUGUUAUGCUACUGACUCCAUAUGCAGAGAGUAAAAUCAACUGAAAGAAGA